GAGAGAGAGAGAGAGAGAGAGAGCACGUCUGCUGCUGCGUCUGUUCUCUCUCUCCCUAUCACACACUCUCGGGAGCAGCGCUUUGACGCACCACGCAGAGUUGGAUUAUAGUAUUGCGCGCUGGUCUUUCACGAUUUUCUGUCCCUCGCGUUACCCUCACCGCUGACCGGCAGUUGAUAUAUUAUCGGGAUCAAUAUCUCUCCGCCACGGUGACCUCUGCUGAGCUUUUCUUUUCUUUUUCUUUUUUUGGGGGGAGAAAGAAGAGCAGCCGCGGCUUCCUCGCAGGACGCGUGUUGUGAAUUACAACCAACAGAGCCUUACCUGGAGUGUGUGCGUGUGUGUGUGUGUGUGUACAUGAGAGAGGGUUUCUUUGGAACGGAUCAGAUCAAGGACCGAGGUGUUUCACUGUCUUUGCUCCGCGGGCACACAUUUACAUACACAGGCACUGCACUCACCGGGGGGAUUUGGGCACCGCAUGCCGGGGACAUGUGGAAGUUUGCGCCGCUGUAGCGCAGCCAAAGAGCCGCUCUACCGCCUUAUCGAGCGCCCCUAUUUCUACCCAGGGGGACCCAAGUCCCUGAUCACAGUCCUCACGCACUGAAACCCCUCUCAGAGGACCCAAAUGUAAAUUCAGAACCAGACAUUUCUGAAACACGCGUGUGCUAAGGGAGGACAGCGAAAAGGAGGACGGCAUCCCGUUGCGUGCAGAGUUUGGUGAGCUCCUCCGGGGGAUUUCGGGGCUUUAUCUUUUAACGCCCUUCUGUUUUCACGGUGUUUUUGCGGGUCUCAUAUUGGCCCCCACUUGCCGCAGUGAUGGUGGGAGUUCGGUGCCCCGUUGGCCCUCACCGCUCCCCGGUGACUGUGCUGGGGCUGCUGGUGACUGUUCUGGUCCUGUCCAGCGGAGCAGACGGUCAGCCAUGCCCGGCCCAGUGCUCCUGCACCGGUACGACAGUGGACUGUCACGGACAAGGACUGCGCAAUGUGCCCAGAAACAUACCUCGAAACACAGAGAGACUGGACCUGAAUGCAAACAACCUCACUAAAAUCACGAAGACGGAUUUCGCAGGGCUGAGGCAUCUGCGAGUGUUGCAGUUAAUGGAGAACAAAAUCACCACAAUCGAGAGAGGAGCCUUCCAGGACCUGAAGGAGCUGGAGAGACUGCGCCUGAAUCGGAAUAAUCUGGCUGUCUUUCCCGAGCUGCUUUUCCUGGGAACAACGAAGCUUUACAGACUUGAUCUCAGCGAAAACCAGAUUCAGGGAAUUCCAAGGAAAGCCUUCAGGGGAGCUGUGGAAAUCAAGAAUCUCCAGUUGGACUACAACCACAUCAGCUGUAUUGAAGAUGGAGCUUUCAGAGCGCUACGUGACCUGGAAGUACUCACCCUGAACAAUAACAACAUCAGCCGACUGUCUGUGGCCAGUUUCAACCACAUGCCAAAGCUCAGGACCUUCCGCCUGCACUCCAACAACCUGCAGUGUGACUGCCACGUAGCCUGGCUGUCAGAGUGGCUGCGACAGCGCCCCCGGCUGGGUCUUUACACGCAAUGCAUGGCCCCUCCGCACUUGAGGGGGCACAACGUGGCCGAGGUGCAGAAGAAGGAGUUUGUGUGCACAGACUGGGAUGAAGGUCACCAGUCGUCAUCAUCUUCCUCCUGCAGUGUGUUACAGUGUCCGGAGUCGUGCACCUGCAGUAACAACAUUGUGGACUGUAGAGGGAAGGGUCUCACAGAAAUACCCACCAACCUGCCCGAAACCAUCACCGAGAUACGACUGGAGCAGAACGCCAUCAAGGUGAUACCAGCUGGGGCCUUUUCUCCUUAUAAGAAGCUGCGCAGGAUAGACUUGAGUAACAACCAGAUAUCAGAGCUGGCCUCGGAUGCCUUCCAAGGUCUGCGCUCUCUCAACUCGCUCGUACUAUAUGGGAACAAAAUCACAGAGAUCUCCAAAGGACUCUUUGAGGGGCUGUUCUCUCUGCAGCUACUGUUACUGAAUGCUAAUAAGAUAGCAUGCCUGCGCGUGGACGCGUUUCAGGACCUUCACAACCUCAAUCUGCUAUCACUGUAUGACAACAAGCUCCAGACCAUCGCCAAGGGGACUUUCUCAUCUCUAAGAGCCAUACAAACACUUCACUUGGCGCAAAACCCCUUUAUCUGUGACUGCCAUCUGAAGUGGCUGGCAGACUACCUGCAGGACAAUCCCAUCGAGACGAGCGGCGCCCGCUGCACCAGCCCUCGACGGCUCGCCAACAAACGAAUCGGGCAAAUCAAGAGCAAGAAGUUCCGCUGCUCAGCUAGAGAACAGUAUUUCAUCCCAGGUAACGAGGAUUACCGUAGUAAGCUAGGAGGCGACUGCUUCGCAGACCUGGCCUGCCCUGAAAAGUGUCGCUGCGAGGGCACCACCGUCGACUGCUCCAACCAGAAACUCACCAAAAUACCUGAUCACAUUCCUCAAUACACCACCGAGCUGCGUCUGAACAACAAUGAAUUCAGUGUGCUCGAGGCGACGGGGAUCUUCAAAAAGCUGCCUCAGCUGAGGAAGAUUAACCUGAGUAAUAACCGUAUCACUGACAUAGAGGAGGGAACGUUUGAAGGAGCUUCAGGGGUCAAUGAGCUGAUUCUGACCUCCAACAGACUGGAGAACAUACACCACCGCAUGCUGAAGGGACUCAGUGGCCUCCGCACACUCAUGCUGAGGAGCAACCGCAUCAGCUGUGUGAGCAACAGCAGCUUCGUGGGGUUGAGUUCGGUGCGUCUGCUGUCACUCUAUGACAACCAGAUUACCUCCAUGAACCCCGGAGCCUUCGACACGCUGCACUCCCUGUCCACACUAAACCUUCUGGCUAAUCCUUUUAACUGCAACUGUCACCUGGCUUGGCUUGGUGAUUGGUUGAGAAGGAAACGCAUCGUCACUGGUAACCCCCGCUGCCAGAGUCCUUACUUCCUGAAGGAGAUCCCCAUCCAGGAUGUAGCUGUCCAGGACUUUGCCUGUGAAGAUGGUAAUGAUGAGAACAGCUGCUCUCCAGUGCUGAGGUGUCCAGCUGAGUGUUCCUGUCUGGACACCGUGGUCCGCUGCAGCAACAAGGGACUCACCACGCUGCCCAGAGGCCUGCCCAAAGAGACCACCGAACUGUAUUUGGAUGGAAAUCACUUCACUCAAGUUCCCGUGGAGCUCUCCAAUUACAAACACUUAACGCUCAUUGAUUUGAGUAACAACCAGAUCAGCACGUUGUCCAACCACAGCCUCAGUAACAUGUCCGAGCUGCUUACCCUAAUUCUGAGCUACAACCGGCUGCGAUGCAUACCAGAGAGGGCGUUCGACGGACUUAAAUCUCUCCGUUUGUUGUCUCUUCACGGUAAUGACAUAUCACUGAUACCAGAAGGAGCCUUCAAAGACCUGUCAUCGCUUUCCCACCUGGCUCUGGGCGCCAACCCUCUGUACUGUGACUGUCACAUGCAGUGGCUGUCAGACUGGGUGAAGAGCGGGUAUAAGGAGCCUGGCAUUGCUCGCUGUGCCGGGCCCGGCGACAUGACGGACAAACUUCUACUGACCACACCCUCCAAGAAGUUCACUUGUACAGGCCCAGUGGAUAUAAAUAUCCAGGCUAAGUGUGAUCCCUGCCUGUCCAACCCCUGCAAGAACGAUGGCACAUGUGCCAAUGACCCUGUGCACUACUACCGCUGCACCUGCCCUUAUGGAUUUAAGGGCCAAAACUGUGACGAACCCAUUCACGCCUGUAUCAGUAACCCGUGCCAGAACGGUGGAACCUGCCACCUGAAAGAAGGAGAAGGCAGCAACUUUUGGUGUGUGUGUCCGGAGGGCUUCGAAGGUGACGCGUGUGAGAUCAACAUUGACGACUGUGAAGAUAACGACUGUGAGAAUAACUCCACCUGCGUUGAUGGAAUCAACAACUACACAUGCAUGUGCUCACCAGAAUACACAGCUGCUACCAAUGAGGUGGAGAGAGGGGAGCUGUGUGAAGAGAAACUGGACUUCUGUGCCCCAGAGCUGAACCCAUGUCAGCACGACUCAAAGUGCAUUUUGAUUCCUCAGGGGUACAAGUGUGAGUGCAUUCCAGGCUACAUCGGCGAGCACUGUGAGCUGGAUUAUGACGACUGUGAAGAGAAUAAGUGUCAGAAUGGCGGUCAGUGCAUCGAUGCCGUCAAUGGAUACACCUGCAUCUGUCCAGAAGGGUACAGUGGGUUAUUCUGCGAGUUCUCUCCUCCGAUGGUCCUUCCUCGCACCAGCCCCUGUGACAACCACGAGUGCCUCAACGGGGCACAGUGCGUCAUUGUGGGAUCAGACCCCCGCUGCCAGUGUCUCCACGGCUACGAGGGCGAGCGCUGUGAGACUCUCGCCAGUGUCAACUUUGUCAACCGCGAGUCGUACCUGCAGCUGCCCUCCAGUCUCCUCUCACCACAGACCAACAUCAGCCUGCAGAUUGCUACCGAUGAGGACAGUGGCGUGUUGUUGUAUAAAGGGGAUAAUGAUCACAUUGCCAUGGAGCUGUACAGGGGACGCCUCAGGGUCAGCUACGACACUGGAUCCUAUCCUCCUUCUGCUAUAUACAGCGUGGAGACAGUGAAUGAUGGUAAUUUCCAUGCCGUGGAGUUAGUAGCAUCAGAUCAGACUCUGUCUCUGUCCAUUGAUGGCGGGCCGCCCAAAUCCAUCAACUCCCUCAACAAGCAGUCCACACUCAAUAUAGAUUCUCCACUUUAUGUGGGAGGGAUGCCAGAGCGAGCCUCGGCUUCUGGCGGUCUGUCGGCUCUACAGCACAGCUCGGGUGGCCGUAACGGCACGAGCUUCCAUGGCUGCCUCCGUAACCUCUACAUCAACGGGAAGCUCCAGGAUCUAGGAGCUGGACAUGAAGCGGGGCUCCCAGGAUCUGGAACCACCCAGAGUACCACCAGAAAGUGGUUGGGCAAUGGGGUGGAGCCGGGCUGUCAGCCGUGCCAGAGAGGGGCCUGCGUCCAAGGUGACUGCCACCCAACUGGACACCGCGGUUUCACUUGUACAUGCCACGCAGGCUGGACGGGAACUUUGUGUGACCAGCAAGUUAGCAACCCCUGUGAUGGCAACAAGUGUAUCCAUGGUACCUGCAUCCCAAUCAACUCCUAUUCCUACUCCUGCCGCUGCCAGCCUGGCUUUGCUGGUGUCCUCUGUGAUGAGCAGGACCAGGAUGCAGCUAACCCCUGCAGCCUGUCUCGCUGCAAACAUGGCAAAUGUAGAGUGUCAGGCCUGGGCAAGGCGUACUGCGAGUGUAACAGCGGAUAUACAGGAGAGGCGUGUGACAGAGAGGUGGCCUGCCGAGGGGAACGGGUCCGAGAUGUCUACCAGAGACAGCAAGGCUACGCGGCGUGCCAAACCCAGGAGAAGGUCUCCCGUUUAGAGUGUCGAGGCAGCUGCCCGGGGGGAGCAGAAGGACAGGGCACCUGCUGCACCCCCCUUCGCAGCAAACGCAGGAAAUACACGUUCCAGUGCACUGACGGGUCUUCUUUUGUCCAGGAAGUGGAGAAAGUUGUCAAGUGCGGCUGUACAAAGUGUUCUUCAUAAAAAAAAAAAGAAAGAAAAAACAGAGACGACACCCUCAGCAGAUUUUUCUGUUCUCCAGACAUGUUCUGUGUUCCUGCUCGCCUUACUUGAUCCCCCACCCCCCGUUGUCCAAGAUCCUAAUUCCCCGUGAGGAAACCAUGCACAGUACCCCCCACCACCUUUUUUUAAACCCUUAAAAAACAAACAAAAAAAAGUUUCUUUUCUUGUCAGUGCUGGACUGAUGAUUGAUGCUUCCUCGGUGGGGAUGUCGAAUUGUAUUGUAAAGUACGAAAACAGACUUAUUUUUUAUUAUGAAGUGGCGAAAAAGACAAAAAAAAACCACACACACACAAAAGUUGACUUUUUCCUUUUAUCUACUUCUUUUUGUUGGUCAUGAUGACUCUAAUGGCGUGCCACACUUGUCUCUUCCCUGGAGGACUGACGUGUCACUGACAGCUGACCACUUCCUGACCACAGACUUCCUGCUUCCUGUCCCCCAGUUGUGUGUUUUUAGGAGUAACCUUAGUACCACAGACUCACCACUAGGAGGAGCUGCGUUAAGGCACUGGGAGAGGGCGAGCAGUGACAACCUUCACAAGAAAUCACCACUGCAGUCUGCAGUCUCCCUUUUAACAGACCUCCUGAACCCUCUGAGACUGUGUGCAUGAUCCUACACACAGCUGUGCUCAAUCAUGUGCUAUUUUCUACAGCUACUGAACAACACACACAAACACACAUAAAUACUCUCACCUAUAGAGGUAAACCUCUUACCUGCCAGGAUAAACACACUUCAGUCCGUUUAUUCUGCCCCCAGUCAUGAAUGACAAGUAUUUAUUGUAUCAUAAAUACCUGUACUUAUUCAGUAGAUUCCCCAUGUAUCAAUCUGAUUCUUUUAAUAUAUAUUAAUUUAUACAGUAUUUGUCCUUAUUUUUGUAUUAAAAAGACAUAAUCUGUCAAGAUAGCUGAACUAACAAAAUGGUGUCCUUUAUUUUGGUUGAAGAGAAGUUGUUUUUUUUUUCUUUUUUUUUGGAUCACUGAAACUAUUGUGCUUGCCAGAGACCUUUAGUUACAUUUUAAUCUGCAAAUGUGACGUGAAGACAUUGUAUAUUUUUGUCGCGUUUCCUGGGAGUUUGUACUGUGCCAUUACCAGAAGGUCUUUAUAUUAGAGUAUAAAUGUAUAGAUAAUUUCCCUACCUAUGUAUUUCACACACAGAUCUUGUGAGUAGCAUUGACCCUAGAGGAUGCUUAGGACUGUUUUUACCUUUUUAACAAAUUUAUGCUUAAAGAAUACUGUGACUUUUUUCUAAAUGAAACUACUUUGUUAGCCCCUUGGUCUCCGAUGUUAACAUGUUGCUGCUAAGUUUUUGUACCGUAGACUUGGAUCCUGAUCUGUAUGUUAUAUAGAACUUCCUGCUCCUACUGUACGGGGGGCACCUUGUGUAACAGAUAAAUACGUCCCCCCCUCCACCACUACACAUGUGCAUUGUGCUUUAUAUUUCCCCGUCUCCAUCCCCAGACUAAUGUCAGUUCCCUGACUGAUGUUUGUUUAUUAAACACAAUAUUUACCUCA